GAGUGGCUCCUCCAGAUCACGUGGUUUGGGUGCCCGCGAUUUUCCCUGGAACAUUGCGUCAAUGGGAGCUUGUUGACUAAACCAACUCGACGAACAACGAACGCUGCGCUCCUAACUCCACAAUCGUCAUCGCGAAAGUGUGUGUCGGUGUUUUUCUGAGGCGCCCACUGUGGAUCAGGAUAUGGACAUGGCAGCCGUCACAAGAGACGUUGACGUGGUUUCGACCAGCUAUAGCUACCAGGAAUACACUAAGGUAAACUGCUUGCACAGUAGGGUGAUCAAAGACUGCGGUUUAAAUAGUGACGCCGUAAACAGCUACAUUGAUAGCGGGGAGUUCUUCAACGGCGAUAUCAGUUCGCGUCUGUGGAGCAUGAGAUUGUAUCCGGCUUGCACGCUUGCGCAUCAGCCCAAAUACAUGAAAAUAGAAGUGAUGUAUCGCGGAAGUAAUGCAGUCAAAGCAGCGUGCUGCGUAUGGGUAGUGAACAAACACUGCAUGCAGGUAAAGAAACAAGCGACUGCGGUUCGAAUUUUUUCGUCGCAAAGUAGUUCAACCUUCAAUCUCGGGAACACAAGCGAUUUUCUUGACGAUUCCAGUUGUUUGUUAUCAGAUGGCGUUCUUACGCUGGGCUGCGAGGUAACGAUAUUCGACCUGCGUAAAUUGUCUGCGGCCUGCACCCUCGAAAAACCCGCUGAAGGACCAAGUCUUUUAGAUGACUUCGGUCGACUCUGCGACGAUGGCGACUACACCGACGUGACCUUAACUGCAGAAGGUACGGAUUUUUGCGUGCACAAGAACAUCCUUGCCAUUCGAUCCCCGGUGUUUGACGCCAUGUUCAAGAACAACAUGAAGGAGAAACAAGAGAACCCAGUACAUCUGGACGAUAUCUCUCAUGAAACGUUACAAGAAAUGAUAACUUUCAUCUACACGGAUACUGCGCCCAGUAUGGCCUCCUUGGCAGUCGAUCUUCUUCAUGCUGCAGAAAAGUACGACCUGAAGCGCCUCAAGUCGAUGUGCGAGUACAGACUCGCGUGCAAUCUCACUGUAGACAAUGUCGUAGAAAUGCUUCGUCUGGCCACAAAGUUGAACGCCGACAGACUGAGAUAUUUUGCCGUCUGCUACAUUAAAGGGCACGCGAGUGACGUAGGAAAAACUAAUGGUUGGAAGGCGAUGGUUGAAGAGGAGCCUUGCCUUUUGGAACUGUUCACUUCUCUCGGGACACAGACUGGACUUGACACAAGUCAAGUUAAGUGUCAAGUGCCACAAAUCAAGUCAAGUGGCAAGUGGCACAAGUCAAGUCACAAGUGAACAAGGUGCAUUGAACAGUGGCGAGUGGUUCGUGUAGGUCCACCAUGCUUUUUUACGGAACCUGAAGGUGCUGCUGUGUACCAAACUUCGCUUGCUUGCUUGUGAUACUGUUGUUACUCUCACACAUGUCUACUCUGAACGAUUAAAGCAUUUUUCGAAUACUGAG